AGUCAAUCCUUCCUAGGCAGACUCGCUCGCCUCCCACGUUCUUUCUCACCCCAUCAAUAUCAAGACGAAACUCUUCAUUUGCAGCGUCUCGCACACCCUUCCUACGGCGCCGCCUAGCUUCGCUUGACAGGCUACCUCAAUACUGCGUCGCGCCGCUGACGCGCGCUCUUCAUUGCAAAGAGGAAGGGGAGGCGAAGCUUUCCAGCUUGGACGGGACAGUUGCAGAGUCUCCUGGUCAAAACGCACACGCUGCAAGCUCCUCCUUCCGUGAUGAGCGGCUCGUCCGCCAUGUCCAGCCCCAUGGGGCGGUGGGCAAUGGCAGCUCUCUUGACUAUGAGCCUAUCGAGCGUGCAAGCCGCUCUGACUGUCAACAAUUCACUCGCAUCACAGCUGCCCGAAUUAGGUCACGCUGGGCAACCAUUUCAAUGGACCUUUUCGGACAAUACCUUUACGGACGACUCGAAACCGAACGGUCCUCCGGCAGGACUCACCUACGAGGUUGACGGAUUGCCGCCGUGGUGCAAGUUCGAUCCUGCGCAGCGCAGCUUCUCUGGUACCCCGCAGAAUACUGACUUGGGCAAGUCCUGGAUCACACUCACAGCCAAUGAUGCGGCUGCCCAGUCAGAUUCAGAUGGCUUCAUGCUGAGUGUCAUACGAGCGCCAGCACCUACACUGGCAAUGCCGCUGCCUCAACAAUUGCCCGUCGCCAGUAGCUUGGGGCCCGCGAAUAUCCUUGCUGAUGGAGCUCAGCACAUUCCUCUUGGGUGGUCCUUCAGCAUUGGAUUCAAUGGCGAUACCUUCACGCUCCCAGAUGGGUCGGACGUCUACCUCUCCGCAAAGCUCGCAACUGGCGCUCCUCUGCCCGGCUGGCUUCAUUUCAGCGCAGACACAAACACAUUUUUUGGCGUCGCACCGACGCAGCCAGGUCCCGAGGGUGCAAGCUUUGAUGUCGUCAUGACCGGCUCCAAUCUUCCCGGCUACGGUGGGCCGACGACCUCCUUCACCAUUGUCGUCUCUCAGCAUGCUCUCACGCUCGGUGGUCCGCUCAGAUCGGUCAAUGCCACAGUGGGAGACUCUUUCCGCUACUCAAUUCCAACUUCAGGCCUGAAGCUGGAUGGAAGGCAGUCACCACCCAGUAAUCACAUCACCAUGAAGGUCGACACCAGUCACGUACCCUGGCUGACCUUCGAUGCAACGAACUCUUCUAUUGCCGGGACCCCUCCGGACAAUCUGAUCCCUGCCAACAGCACCAAUAUUGUGACGGUUCAGGUACCGGUCACUUUUGCGGACACCUUCAACAACAGUCUCCCGGCCAACCUGUCGCUAAACAUAUACCCAUCUAUCUUCACCGGGAGCAUGCUUCCAAACAUCAUCGUGGAUCCUGGUACUCCCUUCAACCGGUCACUUAGUUCGCUCAUUCGCACGCCGGUCAACAGCUCAAAGCCACUACUAUCCGUUCAGUACGACCCUGCGACCGCCGCGCGGUGGCUGACGUUCGACAACUCGACGUAUCUCUUGUCCGGUCGCCCGCCCAUGAAUCCCAGCGAGGAUCGCGUCAAGGUCUUCCUGCACGCCAGCAGCAACAGCACAGAUGACAUUGUGCACACGGGACAGGCCUCCUUCAGCAUCGCUGUGACGGGCGACAGCGACACAGGUCUCGGAGGUAGCGGUGCAGGUGCGUCGCCAUCCGGUGGGUUAAGCCCGCAGGGUCGUGUAGCUCUUGGAGCCUCCUUGGGCACCGCUGGCGGCCUCAUUAUGCUCGUUGCUCUCAUGAUCUGCUGCCGUCGAUGGAUGGCCGUCGAGGAUCAUGAUGCCAACGGCAGAGUGAAGCACUAUGGCAGUGGCAGUGACGACGAUGUGACCCUCGCAGGAAGCAUAGGCAGUAAAUCCCCCAAGAUGGGCAUCAUCGCUUACAAGCCGAGCUGGCAACAUAACGAAAAGCAGCUGGGUACGCCAAGCACACUCGUUCCGAGUCCGAGCCCCGACCACACCGCGAUCAAGCUCGGGAAUAACGGCAACAUCUACGAAGAUGCUGUUCGCCAUUACCACGAUGCGGAGGCUUUGCAGCGAGCUGCUGCUGCUGACGCGAGGCCACAGAAGCACGUCUUCUUCAAGAGCAUUCUCAAGCAGCCUAGAAAGCCGCCCAUCAGCAUCAGUAUCAGUCGCCCGCAAAUGCAAGAGGACGAGCACUCUGGCUCAUCGACCGGACUUGGCCUCUCCUUGGACGGACAGACCAGCGACCAGCCUUACAGGACGUCUCCGACUCGUAGUCAGCGCUCUCUUGGAUCUCGCAAGGCAAGCUGGGAGACAGACAUCUUCCACGAGAACAUUACGCCCGCGAGUCCAGCUGGAUCCACCACUCCGCGCAGCACAGCCUCUCGUGGCGAAGACAUGCCAGUCAGGCGGAGCGGUCCAGCCAGACGCCUACUGGAGAGCGCCAUCCGACAACGUGGCGGACAUGCAAAAGAAAGCCCCGCUUUCACGACGACCCAGCGCUUUGAGAAGCAGCCAAUGGCCGAAGAGGAGGCAACGGAAGAGGGAGAUCUGGCCAAUGCGGAAGUCAAGUACGUCAGUCAGGUCAGCCUCCGGUCCGUGCAGCGGCACCAGCCAGCAUUGAUGACGAUUGCGAGGAACGUCAGCUCAAAGGUCCAAGUGGACGACUCCGAUGGUGUGUUUGACGACGCGGAAGACGAGAUCAGAGACCUCAAGUCUGUCGGUGACAAGCAAACUGGAUCCUCUAAGCGGCUCAGCGCGCUCAGCUACACAACAGACCACAACGGCCCAGGCGCCGUAGAAGGGGGUGUCAUUUAUGAUCAACGAGUACCACCGUCACCAGCACCCGGGUCCAUUUUCGGAGCUGCGUCGAUCUCCUCUCAAACGAGGCCGGAAGAGACGAUGCGCACCGUGGGAGCCCCGGCUCCGGUCCCGCAAGUUGCUCAGCAAGCAUCCAGCGUGCGCUCGAGCUCGCGACCCUCCUCUCGAACCAGCUGGACCGAGGACAUGGUUCAAGUCGUAGUAGCCGACUUUGGAGAGAUGCUGCGGACUAAGAUCAAGCUCAGACAGCCUCCACCAUUGCAGGGCGGUGCGCCAGGCUCGCCAGGAAAGCGCUCGGCACGCAAGACCGUGUACCUUCCAGUAUUAGACGACGACCAAAGCUCGGACCAUCUUCAACUCCCACUCUGGCUCAGCUGGCUGUCGUGGGAUCCUCGCCUGUGCGAGCUCUCAGGCAUGGUCCCUGCGGACCUUGGACCUCACGCGGUUCAGAUUCCCCUCGCGCUCGUGGCACGCACCACACCAGAUGCGAGCGCUUCGACGCACUCGAGACAGAACAGCUCAGGCUCGAACAAGACCACAACUGGGACCGAAGACGAGAUCGUUGCGAGGAUGGUGUUGGAGUUGAAGCCGCCAGGCUACGCGCCUCCAGUGGGGGGCGCACCCAUGGAGCUCUUCAAGUACUAACCAGUUCAAGCAUCUUCUUUUCCCUUUCUCCGACACGGCUGCAUCGAGUGCUGAUCCCAAGCCUCUGCAUAUUGUAAG